ACUACAUAAAUAACUAAAACCAACGUAAAAACAAAACACACAUGUUAAAGCCUAAACUAUCUAACGGCCAAGUCUUAUUACACACUAAAAAUAGAAGAGUGGACUUAGCUCACAGUUCAGAUUUAGCACAAAAAAAGAGAGUAAAUCUCUCCUUUAAACCAUUCUUUUACAACCUCCUCACAUCUUCUACAUAAAUACCAAACGUGUGAAGCCAUUUAGGUUUAGCUUUUCACUAGAACACACAAGAUGGGUCUCAAUGCCUCCCUUUGUCUCUUCUCCCUCACCUUCUUACUCGUAUUUUUCUCUACGGUCAUUACAGCAGAUAACAUCACACAAGCUUUUGAGAAAUACUCCAACUUCAGCACCAUGAAUGAUCUCUUGAUCAAAACCAAGCUCACUAUACCCAUAAGCAAAUACCUGACCAUAACCUUACUUGCUGUUAGCAAUGAAGCCAUCACCCCUAUCAUUAACAGAUCCGACGUUGAGCUCAAGAACAUUCUCAUGAACCAUGUCAUUCUUGAUUACUACGAUGAGAUGAAGUUUAAUGGAAUGAAGGAGAAGAGCAUAAUGCUCACUACCUUAUACCAAACAACCGGUUUAGGUGAAGAGAUGAAUGGUUUCCUCAACUGUACCAAAUCUAAAGGAAGAGUUUACUUUGGUUCAGGAGUGAAGGUUUCACCUUUAGUCGCUGAGUAUGUCAAGGCGCUGUACCACAACCCAUAUAACAUGUCUAUAGUCCAAAUUAGUAUGCCCAUUGUGGCUCCUGGACUCAGCCUUGCUAUUUUUCCACCUCCACCACCACCUGCUCCUCCGGCUCCGGCUCCCUCUCCCAUGAAUGCUGCAAAAGCUCCAGGUCCUCGACCAGCUGAUGAAGACAAUGCCUCAGAUACUGAUGUUCCAAAAGAUACACCUGCAACAGAAACAGCGGAGGUUGAUUCUCCAGCUCCUACUCCAAGCGCAGAUAAUGAGAAGAUUGAAGCUGCUGAUAAGGCUGGGACAUCCUCUUUUGCUUGUAAGGCAGGUUUGAGCUUUGAUGUUGUUCUCUUGCUACUAUUGUUUGGUAGCUUUGCUGGUUUAUAAGUUUGGAAUUAGGUGAUGGGGUUUGAUGACAAUAAUGGUAGAUGAGUAAAAACAUUUCUUCUGUAGUUUUUCACCGUUUGAAGUGUAACAUAAACGCAUGCAAAUGUGAUGUUUGUCCUGUUGAAUUUGUAACAGAGUUCUAAGUGUGUUAUAACAUAGUUUAACCAAUGCAAAGAAUAGCAAAACAAGGGCCUGAUCACAACAACAAAUAAACACUUCAGCAUCGGUUUGGUUGAAGCAACGAGAAGAAUCAAACUAGCCUUACAAACGAGUUAAUCUCCCAGACUAAACAAAUCAACAAGCCAAUCAUGCAUUGGAAAAUGACAAGACUGCACUUACAGCGCUCAUACAGAAACAAUAAGGUGAAGGUAACAAAUCUGAAAUUGCUCUUGAAAUUGUCUUUUAUGGAAUCCUACUUGAUUAAACUGAGGCCAAGGUAGAAACAAAGGACAUAACCGGCACAAGAAGAGCCUCCUAUUUGCAGUCUGUAGCAGUCUCUCAUUUAAUCUUGUUUAUGAUGUCCUCGAUGACUUCUUCCAUAUCAAGAGCCUUCAUUGGAGCAAAUGGACGUUUCAUCUCC